AAAAUCGAGCACGCCAUGACAACGCGACAGCACGGUGCCGAGAAAUGCCGUUGCUGUCCGUACGGGUUUCAUAUAGACGUCGAUUUUGUUGCAUACGCUGAAGAUGUCCGUAAAGGUGGACAAAAUCGUACGCCUACACUAAGUCGUAAGCAUGGCGACAGGCUAAUGAGUCCGUUGGAUAGUAUAUUUAGCGAUUCAUUGGAGAACAUCCUCAGCGAUUUUGAUGAUGCUCUUGGCGCAACUCAAACUACAAAAACGGUAAGCUGCUAG